GAUUAUUGCCACAGAAGAAGCUCCAUUGCACACUACAAGAAACACAGGUUAUCGUCUGAGCGACUCUUCACUUAACAAACAGCUCAUCUAGAUCCAGUCGUGUGGCCACAGGCUCGGAUAUUGUGUCGACGGGUAAUUUUGGUUGCUAGACCCAGUAUGGCUGCACUGCGUUUGUUACAGAAGGGCUAUUCCACCAGCAUUACUGCCAUCUCACAUGUCCACACAAGCAGCUCUGCCUCUGCCAACAUGCACUACAAAAUGCUGGUGCUGGGAGGAGGUAGUGGAGGCAUUGCCAUGAGUUCCCGCAUGAAGAGACUGUUUGGGGCAGAAAAUGUGGCUGUUGUGGAGCCCAGUGAGAGUCACUACUAUCAGCCAAUAUGGACCCUGGUUGGUGCAGGUGCAAAAAAAGCUGCCUCUUCAGCUCGUCCCACUGCAAGUCUCAUGCCCUCUGGAGUGAAGUGGGUUAAAUCAAAAGUCCAGGAAAUAAACCCAGACACAAACACAGUGCGUACAGAUGAUGGGAAAGAGAUUUCCUAUGAGUAUUUAAUAGUCGCUUUGGGUCUACAGUUACACUUUGAAAAGAUUAAAGGCUUGCCAGAGGGAUUUGAGCAUCCAAAGAUCGGCUCAAACUACUCAAUCCAAACAGUGGAGAAAACAUGGAAGGCACUACAGGAUUUUAAAGAAGGAAAUGCUGUGUUCACUUUUCCCAAUACACCAGUGAAAUGUGCCGGAGCCCCACAGAAGAUCAUGUAUCUGUCUGAUGCAUAUCUCAGAAAGACAGGGAAGAGGAAUAAGGCCAAGGUGAUUUACAACACCUCUCUCCCAGUGCUGUUUGGCAUCAAGAAAUAUGCUGACUCAUUGUGGGACAUUGUGAAACAACGUGACCUACAAAUCAACCUCAGGCAAAACCUGAUUGAGGUGCGAGCAGACAAACAAGAGGCUGUGUUUGAAAAUCUGGACAAGCCCGGUGAAACCAGAGUUUUUGAGUAUGAGAUGCUCCACGUCACACCACCAAUGGGUCCCAUUUCAGUCAUUAAAAACAGUCCUUUAGCUGAUGAGGUUGGGUGGUUAGAUCUGAAUAAAGACAAUCUCCAGCACAAGAAAUAUCCAAACGUGUUUGGGAUUGGAGACUGCACCAACCUCCCAACGGCUAAAACUGGAGCUGCUGUAGCUGCCCAAACAGCAGUUUUGCAUCGAACCAUAAGCAGGAUACUUAAAAAUCAGAAGCCUGACAAAAUUUAUGACGGCUAUACCUCUUGCCCAUUGGUCACAAGCUACAAAUCAGUAAUUUUAGCUGAGUUUGACUAUAAUGGGCAACCACUGGAAACAUUUCCCAUAAACCAGGCAAAAGAAAGCCGGAUCAUGUAUCAUAUGAAAGCAGAUGUCAUGCCCCAUCUCUAUUGGCAUGGGCUUCUAAGGGGACUGUGGGGAGGGCCAGCACCAUAUCGGAAGCUUAUGCACCUUGGAAUGAAAUGAACCAGUUUGGCAUAGGAACCUUUAAUUGUAAGAAGGAAUGAACUUUGUAUUUACAUUUUCAUGUAAGUACUCUCAACUGUCUGGUAGAGUAGGGGAUGCAGGGUUUUACUGGGAAAAAAGUGAACUGGACAUUAAAGUCCUUGCAAAAUUGUUUUCUGUCAACAUUAUACCUAAUGUAAAUGUUUUGCAAUGUAUUGUACAUUUUACCAUUGUUGCCUUUUCACUUUGGAGUUCACUUUGAAUGCAAGUUGAUAGAGCCUAUUGUGUUUUGUCCCAUUGAAUGUGUUUCAAGGUUA